UCCUCCUCCCGACUACUUCUCACUUCAUAGUUGCGCACAGUAAAAAACCUCGGACGCUAGGGGAUCAAGACGCCUCUAUGUGGGCACUUCAACUGACCUUUCGGGGGCCGUUUUCGCUUGGUUAAAAGGCUGAGGCGGAGGGAUGCUUUAUUUUUAUUUUUUUAUUUCUUAACAUUCUCUGCUGAUUGCGUUUCUCGGCUGAUUGCUGAAGCUGUUUUUUUUAUUUAUUUUUGUGGUUUGGUUGUGCUUUUUUUUGUUGCGCUCGACGUCGACGCUUCGCGUUGUUUUUAUCCCCCGCAGUUUUUUAAGGGAACGAGGCGCAACAGCACGCCUCGUGUGCUGCCCUCACCACCCAUGUCCUAUCCUCAGGGUUAUCUCUACCAGCCCCCGGGCUCUCUGGCGCUUUACUCGUGUCCGGCGUAUGGAGCCUCGGCUCUGGCCGCCCCGAGGAGUGAGGAGCUGGCCCGCUCCUCCUCCGGGUCUGCCUUCAGCCCUUACCCGGGCUCGGCUGCCUUCUCCGCCUCGGCCGGCGCGGGCUUCUCCAGCGCGCUGCAGUACACCACGGACCCGACCACCGGAUUCCCUUCAUACAUGAGUUCCCCCUACGACACACACACCAGCAUGGCUGGGGCGCUGGGCUACCACCCGUACGGCAGUCCCGGGUACCCGUACCAGCUCAACGACCCGGCCUACCGCAAGAACGCCACUCGGGACGCCACGGCCACCCUGAAGGCCUGGCUGCAGGAACACCGCAAGAAUCCAUACCCCACCAAGGGCGAGAAGAUCAUGCUGGCCAUCAUCACCAAGAUGACCCUGACGCAGGUGUCCACCUGGUUCGCCAACGCCCGCCGGAGACUCAAGAAGGAGAACAAGAUGACGUGGGCCCCCAGGAACAAGAGCGAGGAUGAGGAUGAGGAAGACGGUGAGGGGGACGGAAGGAAGGAGGGCGAUCGCUCCGACAAAACCAUGGACAUCAGCGAGGCGUCGGCGGAGGAUGAAGGCAUCAGCUUACACGUGGACACGCUGACAGACCACUCGUGCUCAGCGGAAUCCGACGGGGACAAGGUCAGCUGCCGCGUCAGAGACUUGACCUCCGACCUUUCCCGGGACAAAUGUGACGAUGACGAUGACGACGAGGACGACGAAGACGACGAUGAAGCAGAGCGGCGCGGGGGGCGCAUGCGACGCCAGCAGCUGUCCCCUAAACCGCUCUCCUCGCCGCCAUUAACAGGAGUAGAGGCGCCGAUACUCAGUCCACACCACCACCACCACCACCUCCACCACCCCCAUCAUAACCACCUCCUCCACCUGCACAGUCAGCGCGAGGAGUUGACCCGGAACCUGGUCAAUAACAGCAGCGGCAGCAAACAGUCGUGUCUCGACAAUAGGAACACAGCCUCUUCGGUUACGGGUGCGACUCCAAACCCCGCAGUCAAACCCAAACUGUGGUCGCUGGCGGAGAUCGCUACCUCUGAUCAAAAGCAACAGCAGCCACCCGGGCGACCGAGCAGCCCCUCCGGGGUGCACGGCCUCCUCAACCCACCCACCACCUCCCCACCGGCUAACGCAGUCUACCCCUCACCCUCCAUCCUGGGAAGACAUAUUUAUUAUACGUCGCCCUUUUACAGCAAUUACACAAACUACGGCAACUUUAGCCCACUGCAGGGCCAAGGGAUUUUGCGGUACAAUUCCCCGGGAAUGAGCGUGGCGGCCGUCGCUGCAGCCGCCGCUGCAGCCGCCGCCUCCGCCGCCAGCGAGAGCCUCCACGCAUCGCACCACCAGCAGGCUGCGCACGCAGCGCACGCGGCAGCCGCGCUGGAGGCGAGCGGCGGCUCACACAAACACAGCCCAGAACCGGCCCUUGUUAAAAGUAACCCCAACCACAUGGUCGCUGAGCAGCAGCAUUUCAGAGCCGCACAUAUAGAGUCGAAGAAAGGUACGUAGCCGCGAUGGUACGGUGGUACGACAGGCAGAGGCGACAGCGCAGCAGCAUGCACUGGCUUUAAUUCGUCUUGGUGCAAUGGUGCGUUGUUGGUGUUUUUUUUUUCUGGGAUAAUCACUUUAAUUUAUACAUACUGUUUUUAAUUGAAGGUUAUCUAUGCUUAACCUCAUUGAGUCAUUAGGCAAAAUACAGACUGUGUUUGGAGGAAGACGAGCCUUUGUUUGAAUUUGCAGCUGUACUUUGCUCGAAUUACAAAUGCAUAUUUACAGUAAUAAUAGUAAUCUGUAAAGCAAAAUGCCGAAUGCAACAAUUAGCUGAUGAAAGGGGAAGUGUUUGAACCCUCUAAACAACCCCAGACCGCAUGCACAUGCUGUCAACUCUCACAAACACAAUCUCUCUCUCUCUCUCUCUCUCUCUCUCUUUCUCUCUCUCUCUCUCUCUCUCUCUCUCUCUCUCUCUUUCUCUCUCGCACACACACAAUAUCUCUCUUUCUCUCACACACUUCCCCCCCCCCCUCUUUCUCCCAUCCACGAAUCGCACACAACGUCAGGCUGGGUGCAAUAAGCACAGACAUGUUGCCAUAGUUUGGACAGGUAAUCUAUUUUUAACGCCCACAUUUGUAUGUGCGCGCGUGCGUGUAUUCGCGUGUGUUUGUGUGUGAGUGUGUGCGUGCGUGUGAGUGUGCGCGCACACGCGCAAGGCCUCAAACCUUGGGACAAUUAGAUGAUUGCAGAAAGUUAUGCAAACCCAGACGGAUUAGUUAAUGUAUUUGCAUUUGUUGGAUAUCUGGCAUUUGAUUGAACCUAUUCCACAUGGUAUUGUAUUUUCUAUGGAAUUUAAUUUUUUAUCGGCAAUAUAUAAUUGGAUUUAUUUGCAUUCGAUGGCAUAGGUUUGUUUGGGGUAAGAAGAUGACAAAACAUGUCAUCGUAUUUGUUGAGUGGCAUGGUGGCGAUCUGCUACUUCGAUUAUAUUCCCUGGUCUACAGGUAGGUGUCACAAUUUCUCUGGCUAACCUUAUGUCCCACAUCCUAAACACCUUUUUACUUUACAGUGCCACCAAAUAGUAGUGCGGGGGAAAAAAAAUGCUGCUACUGCGUAUUCAGUCCUCAAGGGACUAAACUAUUGGACAACAAAUAGCAUUACACAAGAUAGGCUCUUGUUAUAACAUUUUGAAUGUUUGUUUUAAUGAACAAUGUGCUGGAGAUAUACCAUUGCUCAUGUAUGUGAUAUAUUGGCGACAUGUUUAUUCUCAGGUUCUAUGAUUUGCUUCUUUGCCAUGGUAUAUUAUUUGAGCUUUUAUGAGCUUUUUUGGCCUUUAUGUAAAGUGGUAUUUGCAGAGAGGGUGUGUAUGUGGACAAUGGCAGUGAACUGAUAUUAAGGACUCCGAAGUGGAAUAGUCUACAUUUGAUAUUUAUUUUUUUAAAUAAUGGCGAAAUGAUGCCUAUCAUUUAUGCAAGUUGUAUUGCAAAAUGGGAAAACAAACAUUGCUUGUUUGUUUGUUUGUUUUGUAAAUACGUUGUGGAUGGAAUUUUAUUUGAAAUGCAUUUGGAAAAAUCGACUCAAUCUUGAUAACAGGAGAACUUUUACUAAUUUAUAUCUCUGAUUGUAAAUAAAACAAAACGCGCUAGUAAGUGUACUGGCGAGUUAUUGGUUUCCAUUAUUCAAAGGUGAAAAUAUUAAACUGUUUUCCAAGUAUGAAUACACAUCCUAAUGACUCUUUCCUGAGCUCAACACCAAGUGCGUUGCGUCGACAGUCUAUUCGUUUUUUUUUUGCUGUUUGUAUUAUCUUGUGAUGAUUUCAUCCAAAAGCAGACCGAAUAUGUGAUGCGUAGGCCUAGCAUGCGUAAAUAUAGCUUAGACCAAACAUGCGCCAAUAAUCUACGGUGCUCUAGUGUUAUUUUCACCAAAUGCAGGCUUCACACACACAUUCGAUUUUCCUUAUUCUGGUCGAAACAUUGACUCGCAUACAAAUAGGAUGCAAUGCACGACCUUGACUGAGGAUAAACGACAUGGUUAGUUACAUUAUAUCACUUAUCCCUUUUGCUGGGUUUAACGUGUAUUUCCCUCAAUGUGAUUAAUAUAGCAGCGAGACGCAUCGGGCAUUAGAGGUUCCCAGCGGGGAGGUCCCCACGGAGCUCCUCCGCCGGCUCUAGAGCUGCUCAGGCCGGCCUGCUUCAUUACGGCUGCGCUGCGCUGCAGAGCGAUCCAUAAAAGUCUAUCUAAGCAUCUGCCAGCUCCAAUGGCCUGUGUGAUGGGCCUUUAAUCGGACAGCCUUGCGUCUGCUUUUCAUCUGCUUUGGUUAUUAUGGGGGCUUCUGAGCACAGAUAAUUAAGCAAUUUGUAGUAAAAGAUUGUGCCAGUUCAGAUGAUAGCACACCGACAACCGAAACCACCAUGACAACGAAAACGGAACUAAUACUAUAAUAGCCUUAUUAUAACUAUUAACAAUAUUAAUACUUAUAAUUGUAAUAAUGAUUAUGAACACAUUUUUUCCUUGUCUUUUUAUGUAGGCCCAUAUCGUUGAUAACCUAUUGUUAAAUAGGCCUAUACUA